CAUCAAUGAUACCCCUAAUAUGACUAGGUCCUGUUAUUUAGAUUGAAGAGGUACUUGUUAUCACUUUCAGAAUUCAUCAAUCACUUUUGAAUAGGAGUUUAAUUCGGAGAUUGGUGAUGUCUAGAGAGAAAAAAGGGGGCGUCAAGAACUAGUCAAGAGAAGACAAUUUGGAUUGGUCUUUCCUUCUCUCACUACUCAAGCCUCUUUCGAACGUAAAGAGCUGACUGGCUAAAACGAAAACACCUGCGAACAAGAUUAUGAGUACGACAAAUGAUGCAAAUGUGGAAGAAAGAGGCAGUAUCUCACAGACACGCAGGUCAAAUUCACAAACACCUUCAACGCCAUUGCCAUGGUUUCAAUUAAGCGUGAUCACCUUGAUGCGUAUAUCUGAGCCGAUCAAUUUUACAGUAAUUUUUCCGUUUAUAAGUGAUUUUAUUUGGCAUUUAGGUACAACGAAAGAUCGAUCAGAAUUAGGAUUGUAUGCCGGAAUUAUUGAAUCACUUUUUGCCGUUUGUCAAACUUGUACAGUUUUAAUUUGGGCAAAAGCUUCGGAUAAAUAUGGUAGAAAACCAAUCUUGAUAAAUGGCUUGAUUGGUUCUUCCAUCAGUGCAAUUUGCGUUGGAACUUCUUCAACGUUUGUCAUGCUAAUCUUUUCAAGAUGUCUCUCGGGCGCUUUGAACGGGAAUGUGGCAGUGUACAAAGCAAUGAUCGGAGAAAUGAGUGAUAAGACAAAUAUCGCAAGAGCAUUCAGUCUGCUCUCUCUUACUUGGUCGCUUGGAUGCAUUAUUGGCCCACUUCUAGGAGGCUACCUUUCUAGACCCGCAGAAAAGUACGCAAUCUUUUCUACCAAGCAACAUGGACUGCUGAGCUUAGGUGGAUUAUGGGAACGGUUUCCUUUUCUCUUGCCAUGCUUCAUAGCCGCUUGCUUCAGUUGGUUCAGCAUCCUUUUGGGAACUUUUGUCUUGAAGGAAACGUUGCCGGAGAAGAAUGAAACGCAAGACUGUAGAUCAAGUCUGCAAAACGAAGCGAAUGAUGAAGCACCUACCGAAAGAACUUCCUUGCUAGAACGUUCAAGAAGAGAUAGUGCAACAAUGUCAUCUUACGAAGCGAUCCCUAUUAACAUUACACAGAAUCAAAGCGUAUCCAUUUGGAGUUUGUUACGAACACCUCAAAUUGCACGUCAACUGGUGUCAAACUGCUUAUUGGCAUUAUGCAUGGUUUCGAUCGAUUCAGUCAAUGUUCUAUAUUUCUGGGAGCCGAUUCAGCUAGGUGGACUAUCGUUCCCAUCAAACAUUACGGGGUCGUUGUUCAGUGCAUCGGGUGCUUGGGGCGUGAUAAUACUCAUCGUUCUCUUUCCAUUCUUGCAGCGCAGGUAUGGGACGCUUCCCUUGUUUCGCGUGGCUGUGAGCGGCUUGAUCUUGGUGCCUAUCGUUCUGCCAUUAGCAAGCGUUGUUGCAAAAGCAGGUUUAAUCGAUCCAAUCAAUGGUGGUCGUCAUCAAGGUCAAUUCGAGAAAGACGUUUAUCCAGAGUCACGAUCAAUCGUUUUGGUAAUUAUUACUGCCGGAUUAUUGAUCAAAACAACUUGUGCAAUGGCUUAUUCAUGUCAAUCAAUCUUGAUCAAUCAAGCAGCAGCUUUUGCUCCUGGUGCUCCGAUGGCAACUUUGAAUGGAUUAGCACAAAUGUCAUUCAGCAGUAUGAAUGCUUUCGGACCGUAUAUGUUUUCAACACUUUAUGCGCUCAGUCUGGAAAAUCAUAUUUUAGGUGGAUAUAUGAUUUGGUUUGCGAUUGGUGGGAUUGCAAUCGUUGGUAUGAUUGCUUCUUUCAGUCUUAUCGAUGUUGAAGAAAUGGUGAAUCGUGGAGAGAUCAGUGAAGAUGCUGCCAACCGAUUGGGCGAUGUGGCUGAAGAUGAACCAGGAUCUUCAAUACACAGCAAGAGCGCAGCAUUCUUUCCCAAAGAAGAAGGAAAAAGUCAUAAAGUUGCCCAUGAUGACAUUCAUACCCGAGAUGAAGUAGUCAUUGAAGAACAAAAAGAGGUCAAAAGCAUUGCCCAAACCGGCACAACGCCACUGCCAUGGUUACAGCUCCUCAUAAUCAUUUUCAUGCGUCUCUCUGAUCCAAUCAGUUUCACAUUCAUCUUUCUAUUCAUCAACGAUUUGAUCAUGCAAACGGAUUUGACACAAGAUCAAAGCAAGCUUGGCUUGUAUUCAGGGAUCAUAGAAUCUCUCUUUGCUGUAAGUCAAGCAUUUACUGUCCUAGCUUGGGCACGCUUAUCGGACAAAUAUGGACGUAAACCAAUUUUGAUCUUGGGGUUGAUCGGCUCAUCUAUUGGUGCAAUUGGUAUUGGUUCAACGUCAUCUUCAUUCGUCGCUCUGGUAAUUUGGAGAUGCCUAUCUGGUGCGUUGAAUGGAAAUGUUGCAGUACAUGCUGCCAUGAUUGGUGAAAUCAGUGACAAGACCAAUCAAGGUAGAGCAUUCAGCUUACUAUCUUCAGCAUUCCCGAUCGGUUUAGUCAUUGGGCCAAUGCUAGGAGAAUAUCUGUCAAAACCUGCGGAAAAGUAUUCAUUCUUUUCAAGCAACAGUCACGGAUUGCUCUGUUUUGGUGGCCUAUGGGAACGUCAUCCCUUCCUUUUGCCUAGCUUGGUCGUCGCAUGCUACAGUUGGACAGCAGCCGCUGUAGGUUAUUUCACACUCAAAGAGACCUUAUUUUCCAAGGUGAAGAACGACAGCAGCAAUCAUGAGCACAUUAGCGAGUGUACGCAUUUACUGAAGCGUCCUCAAGAAGCCGAUCAAUCAAGGAGGCAAACGAAAGUCAACAAAGGCACUACUAUUCAAGAGCUGCUUGAGCAUCCGCAAAUCCUUUAUCGAGUGAUCUCAUCCUCUUUACUGGGAUUAUGCAUGGUAUCGUUGGUCACAGUCAGCACACUAUAUUUCUGGGAACCGAUCAAAAAUGGUGGCCUUUCUUUCUCGUCCAACAUCACUGGGUCUUUGCUCGGAAUGGGAGGUGCUUGGGGUGCAAUGAUGCUUUUUUUCAUUUUCCCCUACGUUCAAAAAAGAUUAGGAACAUUGAAAUUAUUCCAAAUUUGUGUCAGUGGUUUUGUUUUGGUUUCAAUCUUCUUGCCGAUUGCAAGUUUAAUCGCAAAGGCAAGUCUCGUUGAUCCAAUCAAGGGUGGAACUACUCAUGGCAAAUUUGAACAAGAUAUCAGCCCUAUCUCACAGAGAUUCAUUUUAGCAAUCGUUGCUGUUGCACUCUUUAUCGAAUCGUCCUGUGCGAUGGCAUAUCCUUGCAUUGCAAUCCUCAUAAACCAAGCUGCAAAUGUGGUCCCAGGCCAGCAAAGAGCAACUUUGAAUGGUCUUACACAAAUGUCGUUCAGCGCCAUGAACGCUCUUGGUCCUUACACAUUUUCAACUCUUUAUGCACUCAUCUUACACGAUCAACCUUUGGGAGGUUACCUGAUUUGGAUCCUCACAGCUGGUAUUGCUUCACUAGGUAUGUAUAUCUCCACCAAGCUCACAGAUCUUGAAGAAGCAAGUGAUGGCAUAGACGACAAUUUUGCCAAAAAGUCUGUAUGA